UCCACUGUUUUCAAUGGUGGUUCAGAGAAAUCAAGACCAAGGCACCUCGGAAAUGAACAGCGGUGAAGGAACCGUAGAUAAUGGAACUGCUGGGGUUUCUGGGUACGAGCAGUUCAGGGACCAAAGGAUCAAAGAGAACAAGGAGAGAUUGCAGAAGCUGGGAAUUUUGGACCUUGCUCUGAAGCUGAAGCCCAAAGCUGCCACUCCAAAACGUUCCCAGAGUCAGAGAGAUUCGUCUGUUCAGACCAAAAUCCACAAGUCCCCAAGGCGCUCUUCUAGGUUGAAGACUGUGGCUCCAGUAAGUUAUGUAGAAAUUAGAAAGCCUAAAGAGAAGGAAGAGACCUCAGAGAGUAUUAAUAUUUAUAUCAAGGAGGGCUCAAAGCAAGAGAUUUAUACAGAGGAACAUGAGAAGCAGUUGGGGGAUUGUAAUACAAGCUGGCCCCUGGGUGUGGAUUUGGUUAAGGGAGAAACUUGCCACCAAUGCAGGCAUAAAACUCUUGGCCAGCAUACACAUUGCUGCAAAUGUGACUCGGUCCAAGGGCAGUUGUGUGGAGAUUGCUUAUAUACGAGAUAUGGAGAGAAUAUGCUUGAAGCCAACCAAAAUCCUAAUUGGGUUUGCCCUGUUUGUCGGGACAUCUGCAACUGCAAUCUUUGCCGUAAAGCAAAAGGGUGGGAACCCGCUGGUAAUCUGUAUUGGAAGGUCUCAAAACUGGGUUACAAGUCUGUGGCGCAUUAUCUUAUUCAAACCCACCAUUCCCAGAUAAAAUCAGAAACCUCAGGUGCAGAGGUUGCUGAAGAGGGAUCUGAGCCAUCUUCACAUGAUGAAUUUCUGGAAAGCACAAGACAUCAACCUGAGGACCUAAGGCAUGAUGAGGGGUUCUUCACAACGGAAUAAAAAAUGGGAGAGGUGCACUUCCUGGGCAUCAAGCAUGUUGAUGUCAAUGAUGUGGGUAAGCUAGAUGAUGUUGCUGCUAAUGAUGGUGAGGCAAAGGAAAAGCCAAGGAGAGAAACAAGGGUGAGCAGGAACUAAAUAUUUCUGGAUUAUUGAUUGUCUGACAUGAAGCCUGUUCUUAAUACUAAGUAGUCUUGGAUCAACUGGUGAAAUUUUGGAGACACCGAACUCUUUUUGAGCACAAAUAUUCCUCUUUUGUUAGCAGGACAGCAAAGAAGGCCACAUCUGUAAUAUUUUGUGGAGUUACUGAUUUCACUCAAAUAUAUUAACU